AUGGGGCUACAAGGUCAGCUCAGUGACGUCUCUUCCGAUUCAAUCCCUCUUAUGCUUCUCUCUCUCCUCGCCGUUUUCCUCAACCGUCUCCGAUCUUUCCUCCUCCGUCUCUGCUCUUCCACCACAUCCUCUAAUCUCCCCGUCGACGACGACUCAAUCAUAGCCUCAGGGCUAGCAAACAUCAUCGUCCUCGCCGAUCAGCUUAGCCUGAAUCGGCUCUUCUCGUACCGGUGCGGAGACGAAAACGGUUCCGAUUGCGUCGUGUGUCUGUCGAAGCUAAAGGAAGGAGAAGAAGUGAGGAAGCUUGAAUGUGGACACGUGUUUCACAAAGAGUGUUUUGAAGGAUGGCUUCAACAUCUUAAUUUCAACUGUCCUCUUUGUAGAUCUGGUUUGGUUUCCGAUUAUUGCGUCUCCAGAACGCAGCGGCGCGUCGGUACGGAUUUGAUCUCGUGUUUCUCUCUCCACUGA